AUGAAAAACAAAUUGUGGAGCCCUUAUACAAAUGAUGUGAAGAUAGGAAUGUAAUUGAUAAAGUCAGAAUUUUUGAGGAAAGGAAAGUCACGUUAUUUAGUAGGAACAGAUAAUCUGCUCAUAAUAUUUGAGGUUUGUUGUGAGAGAUUAACAAAAAGGACCCGCAUGAUAAAAAACCAUUGAAAUAUACGAGAAUAAAUUUUGAUCUAAAAUUUGAGAUAGUUCGAACAGCACCUAAAAUGAGGCCAGGAUUUCCAGUAGUGAAAGUUUAUAAUGAUGGUCGUCCAGAUUAAGUGAAGAGUGAAAAUAUAGAGAAAUUGGGUGAUCCAAUAAAAUUAUAUUUGUUUAUAAAUGAAUAACACAAAUAUGAAUUGGUAGCACAUUAAUUGAUUAUUAUAUAAUGGAGAUAGUUUUUGGGUAAAAGAAUAAAUUAGUAUGGGUUCCAUCACUUAUUCAAGGUGUAUAAGAAGAUAGGGAAAGGAAGUUUUGCAUCUGUUUAUUUAGCAGAAAGAGUAGAAGACAAAGAAUAGAUGGCCAUUAAAGCAUUCUCUAAGAGUUUGGCAUAUGCCGAAGAAAACGGUAAAGAAGGAUUAAUCAAUGAAAUUAAAUUAAUGAGAUAAGUGGAUCAUCCAAAUAUUCUAAAACUAUAUGAAGUUUAUGAAACUGUUAAUUCUUUAUAUGUUUGUUUAGAAUUAUUAGAAGGUGGAUAAUUAUAUGAACAAUUGAAAAAGAAAGUAAUAUUUAAAAAUUAGGAAAUUUAAAUAAUUAUAAAAGCAUUAUUAGAAGGUUAGUCUUGCAAAUUUAUAAGUAGGUCUAAAACAUAUACAUUCUAAAGAUAUAAUGCAUAGAGAUAUCAAACUUGAAAAUAUAUUAUUCAAAAAACAAAAUGCAUUUGAUUCAGUUUGCCUAGCAGAUUUUGGUCUAGCUACAUCAACUCAUGAAAAAGUAUAUUUAUACAAUCGUUGUGGAACUCCAGGGUAUCAAUUAAAUAACAAUAUAGAUUUGUUGCUCCUGAAGUCAUUAACAUUAAAGAUUUGACAACUAAAUAUGAUAAGGUUUGUGAUAUCUAUUCAUUAGGUUUAGUUUUUCAUCUUCUUCUGACAGGUAAAUCUGCUUUCUCUGGUCGAAGUUAUACUACUAUUGUUAAUCAAAAUAAGGAAGCUAAAAUUCACUGGAAUUCCUAAAUCUUUGAAUUAAUACCUAAACCAGCUUUUGAUUUAUUAAAAAAGAUGUUAGAAACUAAUCCUAAAUAAAGAAUUACAGCUGAACAAGCAUUAUUACAUCCUUAUUUCAAUUCUCUUUAGAUCUCUAAUAUUUAAUAGUUUGAAGAUGAAAAUAUAGAUAUUGACGAUAGUUGUAAAUUGGAUCAACAAUUAUAAAAAUUUAAUGAACUCAAUAAUAAAUCAGACAUGAUGCGUAUAAAUUAAUUGGCGAAUUCUCCUAUUAAAUCUCCAAUUAUAAGAGCUACAUUAACUUCCUGUAUGAAAGAAUAAAUGAGAGAAAGUAUUAAUGUCUAAGAAUAAAUUAUUAUGCAUACACCUGUUAUUACUGGAAGAGUUUAUAACAUUGAUGGUAUUAUAAUUAUUAAUUAAUUUUAAUGUAGAUUCACCUUAGUAAUAAGAAGUUUAGAGAACUUAAAGAUACGAAUCACUUCACUAUUUAUAAUCAUUUAGCAAAUAAUAAUAUUAACAAUAAAUAAAUGAAGAUGAUUCUAAAAAUGAUAAUUUUAGAGAACCUA